AUGAUUGGAAUAAAACCUUUGGAAAUUGAUAUUAAAUUAAUAAAUCUUCGAAAUGAAGAUAUUAGGCCAUGGUUGUCUGAAGAUAUUAGAAAAAUCAGGACCCUUCUUUUUCAUAAUAAAUCAAAACAAGGUUGCAGUUUUUAUAUUCAAAAUUCAGAAGGGAAAUUACUUUUUGAUAAUCUUAUGAGGGCUUUGAGGCAUGCAUAUGACAUGUCUAAGAACUAUUCAUUAUCUUCAAGAGUUAAAAAAAUAAAGAUUAACGAUGACUAUGAUAAUUCAAUAAAUGAAAAUUUUGACUAUUAUGGACAAAUAUAUUGGGGUAAUGAAUGUAUAAAAACUAAUGAUUUGGCUAGAAUAGACUGUGACAAAAAAGGUAGUGAUUUAUGUAUAAAAAUCACUGGAAUAUAUAAAGACAAUAGGAAAUCAAUAAAGUUCAAGGGAGAUUUAUUAAUGUCAAUAAAAGAUAAAUCUAAACAUAAAUAUUGGAUUAAAUUCAAUCUUUACAAUAAAAAAUAUAUUUUUGAUUUGAAUAAAGUUGCUGGAAGAUACUAUUGGCCUGAUUGGCAUGUUAAAACUACCCAAUCAAUGCCAAUUAAUUAUGUGAUAGAUGAAACAAAAAGGGUCCAGUUAAUAAAAAAGUUAAAAGAAAAUUUAAUUGAAAAAGAUACCAAUAAUGAUAAUAAUAGCAGUGGUAGUAGUAGUAAUGAUUCAGUGAUUAUAAUUGGUAGUGAUGGUGGUGAUAGCCAAGUGUGA